GGCCGCCUCCGCGAUCGCAAACCCGGAAGACGUGCCCCGGCAGCUGGGAGGGUGCGGCGGCCGGGGACCGCCAUGCAGCCCCUGGAGGUAGGUCUGGUUCCCGCUCCGCCGAGGGAGCCGAGACUGACGCGUUGGCUGCGGAGAGGCUGUGGGAUCUUGGCACACCUGGUCGCUUUGGGCUUCACCAUCUUUCUGACUGUGCUGUCCCGGCCGGGAACCACCAGAUUCUUUGGGCUCCAGCCGGCCAAACGCGGGCAGAAAGAAUGGUGCCCAGCCGUCAGUCUGUUCUCUUUGAUUCUUAGGUUUUUUCUCCUGGCACCCUGUAUUCAUGGCCUUGGCGUUCUGCCUCUGCAUGGCUGAGGCCAUCCUACUCUUCUCGCCUGAGCACUCCCCGUUCUUCUUCUGCUCCCGAAAGGUCCGGAUCCGACUCCAUUGGGCAGGGCAGACCCUAGCCAUCCUCUGUGCAGCCCUGGGCCUGGGCUUCAUCGUCUCCAGCAGGACCCGCAGUGAGCUGCCCCACCUGGUGUCCUGGCACAGCUGGGUAGGGGCUCUGACAUUACUGGCCACUGGUGGCCAGGCACUGUGUGGGCUCUGCCUCCUCUGUCCCCGGGCAGCCAGGGUCUCAAGGGUGGCUCGCCUCAAGCUCUACCAUCUGACUUGUGGACUGGUGGUCUACCUGAUGGCUACGGUAACGGUACUCCUGGGCCUGCACUCUGUGUGGUUCCAGGCCCAGAUCAAAGAUGCAGCCUGGUACCUGUGCCUGGCGCUGCCCCUCUAUCCAGCCCUGGUAAUCAUGCAUCAGAUCUCCAGCUCCUACUUGCCAAGGAAGAAAAUGGAAAUGUGAGUUCCUCUGAACUCUGAAUCUAAAUGGGACACUUAACUCGGACUUCAGUGGCUCCUUGGGUGACCUUCAAGGAUCCAGUUCAGAAGUUGUAGGGUUUUUGUACUUCAUAGCUGGGCCAGGGGCUGCCGAAACCCCAACUGCUGUGGCUGACAGAUGACUCAGUGGGCAACAUCGGGGAACUGUACUGGGUGCAAGUGGAAGGUGAUGAUGGGAAGCUUGAUCCUGAAGCCCCUGCUCUUGAUGGAAGACAGAAGCGUUGGGUGGUGGUGGUGGCGACGGUGUUGGCAGUCAUUUCUUUGCACUCCUGAUGAGAAGUUGGGUUUCUAGAACUGAAUGGCAGCCAUGGCUCUUUGGGUCACUUUGAGAAAGCAGUGUAGUGGGCAAAGCCCUUGGGUCUUAUUUAUGGACUAUGGUCCUUAGAGGCUCUAUUGUGCAACCUUAUGCAAGUCAUGUGUCUCAGGACCUCAGCUUCCUCAUCUGUGUAAUGAGUGGUUGUUUCUAAACAAUCUCUAACAUCUAGUGUCUGUUCAGUUGCUGUCACAGAGCACCCGCCCAGCACUGAACCCUGGACCGGACCACUCAACAGAGUCGGGAUCUAAGUCUUACACUCAUUAUUCCCUUACCCUCCCGGAUUUGCCCGCAUGACCUUUCAGGAAUCUGUGUUGAUUUGGUCCCUGGAGUCAGGUGCUGUGAGGGAGGGGACCCAAGAGGGUCUCUAGAAUUCCAAGACAUUAAAGGCACUGAAGUCACUUUAAAGCUUUUAGAGGAGCAGAAAGGCAUUGGCUUAACCAAGCCCAUGGGCUGGGCUUCUUAGCCCAGCUAAGAACUUUCUUCAGCUCAACUCAGGAUCUGGGCUUGAGGGCCUCAGGGCAUCCGUUCCCAGCGGCAGAGUAUACUGAGCAUCUCAUGUUUUGCCCUUCUAAGGGCUCAGGUCUUAGCACAUAGCUUUGUGGAGCUAUUCCGAAGCGCUUAGAACAAAAUAAGAGCCAAGAAAGCAGGGCAGGGCUCUUCUGAUCUAGAGAAGACAAAGUCUCCCUGAUCCCCUCUUCCCUUGGCAGCUAAGCUUUCCUCAGUGGUCGUCUCUUGCCAGCUCUUUGACCCAGGAGGGAGCUGAGUUUGGUGCCAGCUGGCACAUGAUGGCUGGGCUGUCUUCCCUGCAGAGACCCCUCGGUGUUCCAAACUGAAAGUAGUUCCCCAGACUGCCCUGGGCGGUGAGGGCUGGAUGCCAGACUGGCUAACCCUGGCCUGGCUCAGUCGGGGAGUCGGGAGCUCCAUAGAUGGUGGUGAGGACGGAAAUGGCCGAGUCAGGAAAGCUGGUGUUGGGGCAGGUAGAGGAGCUCGCUGGGAACUCCGGGAGGCCUGGAGUGAGGGCGUCGGAGCCAGGGGAGGCAUUCCUGGAUGGCAGUAUUUUGGAUAUGACAGGUCUGUAGAAGAUUCAAGACGUCCCCUAUGGGUGGCUCAGAGGCAAGGAGGUUGCUCUGCGUGGACAGCACAGGAGCGGGAACUGCGGGGGCAGAAGGGCCCUCUGAGCGGUCCUCGAUAGGCUCCUCCUGGGUCAGACGGCAUCUCCCAGGAGGGCUCCAGGCCCUGAGCAUCUAAGGGGCGCCUGCUAUGCAGAGGGUGGUGGUUCCUGUCUCUUUCAUUGUCCUUUCCAACCCCCCAGUGUGGUGUGAACCGGGAGCUGCUUACUGGGGCCGCACCGAGGAGAGUCUCCCAUAGGGCUGCUUUGGUCAGGGGUCCAUCUCCCCUGGCCCGGUCACAGCCCAGGCCGUGCCGGGGGGUCUCACUCUGCCCACUGCAGGGUGAGGAGGCCGGGCGAGGUUCACCAGCUUGCUCUGGGAGCCAAGCGGGCGACGCCGGAAAGCCCGAGCCGCCUGAGGUGGUGCCUCCUCCCAGGUGGUGCGGGGGCGGCGGGCGGGCUGACAGCCGGCAGUUUGCGUGGGCGGUGCCAGCUGAUGUCUAUUCCCAGCCCCGGGAGGAAGGGGGAAGCCGUUUAUAUUCCGAAGGAGGAAGGGGCCCCAGCUGUCACCUCUCUGACUGGGAGGGCUGGGGGCGGCAGGGGCACAGGGCAGAGGGGAGGGCACAGGUGGUCUCCUCUCGCUUAGCCAGUCUGACUGCAGUACCGGGAGGCGGUCACCAGGAGGAGCCCUUCUUCCCGGCUGGCCGGACCCCCCCCCCGCCCCCGCCCGCCCUCCGCUUCUCCCUCCCCUCAUCACCACCUGCCCUCACAUCCUGGGGGAGCAGCUGGACAAUCCUUAGACCUUCGUGCCCGGGCACCCUGCCUCCAGCUGGGAGCUUUGUGGCUGCUGACUGCCUGUGCCUCCUCUCGCUCAUGUGUUUCCUCCCCCCCACCCUCUAUCCCCCUAUCCCUACGCCCCACCCCUCCCCCAGCCCCCCAUCUGGGACCUUAGCUGGGCUGCUCAGCAGAGAGGCACAGGCCUUGGGGAAGACGCAAAUGGCUGCCCUUUUGCCCUUGUGCCCUAGCUAGAAAAGCUGCUAGUUGUCAGGUGGUUUGUCUUUAAAAAAAAAAAAAAAAAAAGCUGGGGUGCUCAAGUUUUUAAAAAUUCCAUGUCUUUUGCACACAUUUGCAUUUCAAGCUAAGUCCUGAUUCCAAAUAUGAUUACGUUCAAACUCAACCUUGAGGACAUUAGAAAUAUAGAUGUUUUUUGUAUCCGGAUCCACAUGGUAAUUGGAUUCCCAUUCUGGGUUCAGAUACCACGCCCGAACCCCCAUCUUUCCCAUAGCCACCCCUUCCCUUGGCCCCCCGGCUGGGGGUAGUGUUGAAUGGCAGGAGCUCUGUGUCUGGGGAAGUCUGCCUGGCUCACCUUCUUGGCUCUUCAGCCCCAUCAGAGGUAGGCUGCUGUCUCUGGCCAGCUGGUGCCUCACCCCCCCCACCUCCCUACAGAGCAGACUACCCCUCCCCACUCCCUGACAUUGGCCCAUCCUGUCCCUUCUUUCUCAUUGUCCCCACCCUUCCACCCCCAUGCAUGGCUGCUGUGGGUCUUGUUUUUAAAGCCUCACUGUGGGAGAGCCAGGCAUUCUUCCUGAGCCAGCUGGCUGCUAUGCCAAGGCCUGUUCAGAGUUAAUAAUAAUGAUUAGCUGAACAGGGCUGGGGCCUUUUCAGCUCCAGAUCUCUGAAGCACUCGCAGGCUGAGUCAGCCAGCCCUCACCUUCCCCCUCUGCCUGGGCUGCACGGUCUCACCUCCCAGCCAAGCCGUGAAGCUUCCUUCCUCUGAGAGUCCUCUGAAUAGACUAAUAGGGCCUUUUCACCUGACAGAGGUCAAGAUGUAGGGCACACAGUGUAAGCUCUGCAGACGCGGGUGGUGGCAGUGGUGGCUGUUGACUUUGAACUUCUAGAACUCCUGCCCUUCCUUGUGUUGACCUGUCUUGGCCUCCAAAGGACACCCUUGGUCCUGACUCACUCCGUCUGCAGGUUUAGGGAGUGGGUAGGCAUCUGGUUUAGUGCUUUGGCUGCCCCGUGUCUGGCUGGCAUAAAGAGCCUGUGUACUGUGAGGUGAAAUGUGCAUUGACCUGGGGGCUCAGAAGCCUGCAGUCCGGGUUUACUCAGCCCCUGAUGGCUGGCAUGGCCACAGGCAAAUCACUGAUUGCCAGACUUACCUCGCAGGGGUGUUGUGAGCUCUAGAAGACAGAAUGCAUGUUAACAGGCAUUAGAAAGCUCAAAGCAUUAAACAAAUGUGAACAGGUGGCAUUGUAUCCUCGUCCUUAUCUCUCAGUCUGGCUUGGGUUUUACACUGCGUUUAGGGAGACAAUAAACAGUUAUGGACAAUGAUGCGUAAGGGACCCAAGUCUAAGAGCGGUUGUGUUGCUGGCCCUUGUCGGAGAACAGCCACAUCUCCUCCUAGGUGCUGGGGCAGCUCCCCGCUCCUCCUGUCCUGAGUGCUACCACGGCUGUGAUUCUAGCGAAGCUUGCGCUGAGUGCUCCCAACUGGGGUUUUCAAAUCAUGGGGCUGAUCGCAAAUCUGGGAAUCAGUGCAGUUUCCCCCGGGCCCGGCUUGAAAUUCCUGGAGUUGGUCUUAGUUGGAACUCUUGGUUACAAGUCUAUCUAAAUGUCUCCUACCCAAUUCCGCGCUUGGGCAGCUGGGACCUGGCCCCUGGCUUGCUCACAGGUGUGUUUCUCCUGCCUUGUUCCAGGCACUUGGAAUAGGAUGAGAGUCCCUUCCUCCUCAGAGGACUUUGUUGGAAUUAAAACACGCGCGCGCGCACUGUGCAUGUGCAUCACGAAGGCAGUUCUGUUUCAAUUAGGAGGAUACCUUCCAUUUUUCUGAGAGCAGCCAGCAGUCUGCCUGAAGUGGACGUAGAGAGGCAGGCACCACAGCAGCCCACAAGCUUCGGCAUUUGUUUUUUAAUCUUGGCAUUUUGGGUUUUUUUUUUCCUCCUGUCCUGGGAUCCAGGAAUGAAAUACUAGUCAGGCAUUGUCGUCAUGAUCUCAGCAACUGUCACUAGCGUAGGCACAGAGAAGACACAGUUGAAAGACAGGCUAGGGUCCUAGAACUGCCCCUGGGGUGGUUUGAUGUGGAUACUCUCCAGCACUGGGCUAAGCUUAAAGCAAACACAGAUUCCCUCCAGGAAGACAACCUUCUCCCCCACGCCUACACCCAGAAGGCUUGACUUAGUUGCAGUGUGCAGGGAAUAAGUCCCAGUUGUUUUGUUUGUUUGUUUUUUUUUUUGUCUUUUUUUUUUUGGUUGUUGUUGUUGUUAUUGUUGCUAUUUCUUGGGCCGCUCCCGCGGCAUAUGGAGGUUCCCAGGCUAGGGGUUGAAUCGGAGCUGUAGCCACCGGCCUACGCCAGAGCCACAGCAACGCGGGAUCCGAGCUGCGUCUGCAAUCUACACCACAGCUCAUGGCAACGCCGGAUCAUUAACCCACUGAGCAAGGGCAAGGACCGAACCCGCAACCUCAUGGUUCCCAGUCGGAUUCGUUAACCACUGCGCCACGACGGGAACUCCUUAAUUUAUUUUUUGUCUUCAAGGGCCACACUGGCAGCAUGUAGAGGUUCCCAGGCUAGGGGUUGAAUUGGAACUGUAGCCGCCAGCCUACACCACAGCCACAGUGACGCUGGAUCCGAGCCACGUCUGCGACCUACACCACAGCUCUUGGCAACGCCAGACCCUUAACCCACUGAGCGAGGCAUCCUCAUGGAUGUUAGUCGGGUUCGUUAACCCCUGGGCCACGACAGGAACUCCAAUCCCAGUUUUUAUCAGAAUUUCCCAGGUGAUUUUAUUUAUUUAUUUAUUUACACACUUACUUACUGGCCUCCCUCACAUCAUGUAGGCAGUUCCCAGGCUAGGGAUCAAACUCAUGCCACAGCAGCUACCCAGUGACAACACUGGAUCCUUAACCCACUGCACCACAAGGAAACUCCCCCUAGGUGAUUUUUUUAAACCUUUGUUGCCAGUAGAUUAAGUAGCUAUUGUAGCUUACCCUGGUAUCAGAGGAGUCAACUCUUUGUCUCAUACACGAGGGGCCUGCUGCAUACCUCUUUUAAAGCAGAUUCCAAGUUACCUCACAGUGAUUUCUUUUUUUUUUUUUUUUUUUGUCUUUUUUGUGACACACUCAUGGCAUAUGGAGCUUCCCAGACUAGGGGUUGAAUCAGAGCUGCGGCUGCCAGCCUAGACCACAGCCAUAGCCACAGCAAUGCCAGAUCCAAGCCCCAUCUGCGACCUACACUACAGCUCAUGGCAACACCAGAUCCUUAAACCACUCAGCGAGGCCAAGGAUCGAACCUGCAAACUCAUGGUUCCUAGUCGGAUUCGUUUCCACUGCACCACAAUGGGAACUCCCUCCCAGUGAUUUCUAAGAAUGCCCAGGACCGGCUAGGCCCUUCCACAUAGGCCCACACCUACAACAAACUUUGGCCAAGUGAAGGAAAAGCAGCACACAGUUCUGUCCAGCUACAGCGCUGCUCGACCUGUGUGCAUGUUUGCACACAAUGUGCCUGCACACACAACCCUCCUCUCCAACGUUGGGGUCCCUGUCUCUCCCUUACACACGCUGCGCUGUAGGACCCAUGUCCUGAAGGUCAGUUGUCUCCAUGCCCUCUGUGGUUCUGGGACGGUCACCAGGCUCAUGCUGACUGGAGGCCUAGGGCAGGUCUGAGUAUCUUGGCUGCUUGCUCUUUCCCACGCAGCAGUGGAUAAGCCUGAUGAAGGGGCUGACAUGGCAGCCGCCCUGUCCCCUCUCAAGCCCCAGAAGAGGAAGUACCAGCAGAGGCUUACUGCAGCCAGAGACUGCAGGGGCCUGGGCCUUUUCUGCGGGGGGGAGGGGGGGUGGUGCCUGGGCGACCACAGGUACCAGAGCUACAGCUGCAGACAGGGAAGGAGCCAAGAGCUCAAGUGGAAGAGAGCCUAGACUGGCCAAUCCACUGAACCCUCAAAGGCAACCGUUAUAGUGACCUCUUUCAUGCUCCUGCAGUGCCAGCGAAGAGAAGCCGGGGGAAGAGCUGCAAGACAGGGCAGACAAAAUUGCACAUCUUGGCCAGAACCUAGGGCACUUCUUUGGCGGGUGGGGUGGGGAAGGGAGGGGUGAAGAGAUGCAGCCUUGGACACCUUGGGAUGACGGAGAAAGGGGUCUCAGAACUUUACAGGCUCAGAGAAAGGGCUUGGCACGGGCCCAGAGAGAGGGGAGAGCUCUUCAGGGGUCUUGCUCAGAUCUGUUCUCUCUCCCAUCUCAUCUCUUGGCUAAACUCAACCAUAGCAAAGACUGCUCCGAAGAGAUUAAAAAAUACUAGAUAAACGUAGACUCUGGGGUUGCUCUGGCGUCAACAUCUGUCAUUGCGCGGACUGCCAAGGUUGAUCUGUCUGCUGCGGCUGCCUGCGAGGUGCCUCCGUCCCUCGCCCCUUUGGUUGUUCCUCCUGAAGAGAAAAAGACAACGCUCCAGACGGAGGCGAGCCGCCCUGCGGUCAAGAUUUUACCAAUGCAAAAAAUUAGGUAAUUACUCAAAAGUCAGAUUAACCCCCCCCAUUUUUGUCCAGCUGCUCCUGUGGCAUGUGGGAGUUCCCAGACCAGGGAUCAACCCUGCACCACAGCAACAACCCAAGCCGCUGCAGUGACGACACGGGAUCCUUAACCUGCUUCGCCACAGGAGAACGUCUCUUUUAAUUUCUCUUUUCCUUCGACCAUUUCCUCUCGCCUUUUGGAAUCUACCGUGACGGUUCGCUUCCAGAAGUACUGAGCGUAGCCAAAGAAGUGGCAUGUUCAGAGUUUAGGAGAAUCCAGUCCAACGGCUGUCUCUGUACCAAGAAAGUGGGGACUGCACGUCUCUGUUCUAUGCAACGCCCAGGACACACGACACUGUCGACGAAUAUACUUUAAGCUAAACGAAGAUGGUUACCACUUAUGAACAUAUACUGGCAGCAAUCAAAAUACCAUGAGAGUGAGCUGCUCCCCAUUAUUUCUUUUAAUCCAGUCCGAGCAUUUUUCCGCGGUACAGUCAGUAGGCGCCAUCCAGACUUUUAAGAGCACUCUGCAGGGAGGCAACCCUGCUCCCCAGGGAUCCAGAAAGCCUUUGUUAUCUACGGGCUAUUAGCCACAAGUCAUGGAAUUUCUGAAUUCUCUCCUGCUAAUGCAUCAAUGGCAUUUCUUCUGAGAAUAUCUAUGGGGUUGGCAAACGAUGGUCUGCUGGCCCCAAACAACCUGCUGCCUGGUUCUGUAUGGGCUGUGGGCUAAUGAGAGGUUUUGCAUUUUCACAUGGCUGAAAAAACGCAAAAUACAUGUUACAAUGACAUGAAAAUCAAUUUCAACAUCCAUAAAUAAAGUUUUAUUGGAACAGAGCCACAGCCAUUCAUUUGUGUACUGUCUGUGGCUGCCUUCCUGCUUCAACGGCACCACCGAGGCACUGUCACUGAGACUCUGUGGGCUGCAAAGACUACCCAGCUUCCUGUCUGGCUCUUUGCAGGAGAAGCUGGCUGACCCCUGCUCCAUCUUAUUGCCUAGAUAUGGAGGCUACCUGUGCCUUAGAACAGCAUUUAACUUUUUCUCUCCCGAGACAGGCCACCACCCUGGUGAGGUACAGUGACCCCCACCCAUAGGCUGAAAAGAGAAAUAAACCAGCCACAGACUCUGCCGGAACGGAGACUCAAGCCAGGUUUAAUGAUCAAUGUCUAGUUUUCAGAGCCCAGAGGCUCCAAGGUUUGCCAGCCCGGGAGUACACAAGUGGGAGGAGGGCUAAGGUCCUGGACACAGGGAGCCCUGCUGCUUCGCCAGCAGGGCUCCAAGGAAGUACCAAAAACACAGAGAAAAUUGGAAUCAGCGGGCUUUACUCUCCCCAGCUCUCCUGGCUCCUUCCUAGGAGCCCCCUAAAUAUAGGCAAAGAAAAAAAAAAAAACAACCACAAA